AUGGACGAAAUUGAAGACCUUCGACGAAGACUUCAGGACGCUGAGCGUCAACGCGAUGAGGCCGAGCACCAACGCAAAGAGGAGCAACGCCGCCGUGAAGAGGAGCAACGCAGCCGCAAAGAGGAGCAACGUCGUCGCGAAGAGGCAGAAGAACUUGCAGCGACAUCACAACAACAGACCCUCCAGCAAUAUCUCGAAAGCUGCCACUCGCUCCAUCUUGCCAUGAAAGUGGUGACUGACCCAUUCUCGACCACGCAAGGGGUAACUACCUAUCCCGUCGGCCGAAUCUUCCCUCGACGUAUCGUACCCUGGGAUGACUUCCCGGCCCUACAGGAGGAGAUCUGGAACAUGAUCCCGGACGACCUGUUCUCCCUCCCUGUGUUCCCGUCACGGCACCAGAUGGAAUACGUGAAGGACUCCCUUGAGCCUAUCAGCAGCGAGCUUGGGCUCCGGUACUUUGAGCAUCAAGCUGUCGAGUACGCGGUCCGAAGGUUGGUCAACCAGGCAUACACAGAUCCGCAGCUGCGGAGCCACCUCGGCCUCCUGGGAACUGUGACGUUUGAGAGCCACACAAACCUCGGUGACACCAUCUCAGCACAUAUGGAGGGCCUAUCUCCCGGAGACGGCGCUCCCGCAGCGAGGCCGUCUUCUGGGCAACCGCCAAGGAACCGCCGCAGAGCGAGGGGAAAGGGCAAUCUGGCAGACCAGUACUGUAUAUGCAGGAUGUCGGACGGUCAGAAUGUGCCAGUGCUCGCCAUCGAGUACAAGGCACCGCACAAGUUGAGUGUUGACGAGGUCGUCACUGGCCUUGGUUCAGGGAUCCAGCCAGAACACGACGUAAUCAACAAGGAGGGCGAAGGUUUCGGCUUCGCAGCCAGGAGACUAGCGGCCGCCGUCGUCACGCAGCUCUUCUCCUACAUGAUCGGCAAGGGCAUACAGUACGGCUACGUAUGUACCGGGCAGUCGAUCGUCUUUCUCUAUAUCCCAGACGAUCCUUCUACAGUCUAUUUCUCGGUAUGCGUACCAAACCAGGAUGUGCUGGAGGAUGACGAGAUGAGGCUCUACCGCACAGCCGUGGCACAAGUUUUUGCCUUCACCCUCCAAGCCCUCCGCGCGACGCCGCCACCCGAAGCGUGGCACGACGAGGCUGAGAAGCUUGGUCUCUGGGAGGUCGAGUAUGAUGACGUUCUCAAGGCCAUCCCCGCAUCGGACCGUAAACCCAAGGAGCCACGUGCCUCCCCCUACAAGCCGCAGCGCUGGAAGGGGUUCAAGAGAACGCCGAUCCAGACUCGCUCCCGCUCCCGCUGCCAGCCACCAGACUCUGCUAUACAGCCAGAUGAGGCUGACGAUGAUCCACCUUCCCCAACCCCGAAUACCGGCAACCAGAGAAGAGCGCCGACAAGAGCAGCAACAGCAACGGCAGCUGGCUCUGGCAAACGGCAAGGCAAGCAGCAACAGUCAGGAUCGGCAUCCAAGCCGGACAUCCAGAGCCGGCGAUACUGCACGCAGCGCUGCCUUCUAGGGUUGGCAUACGGUGGAGCCAUGGACAGAAGCUGCCCCAAUGCGGAUUCUCAUGGGAAGAUACACCUGGAGCGAACCGAGUUCCUUCGACGCAUCCGGGAUCAGCUGGCCGUGGACCGGGGCCGUGACGCAGACUGCACCCCGCUCCAUCGGUCGGGAGCCCGUGGGUCCUUGUUCAAGGUCCGGCUGUCGUCUCACGGCUACACGCUCGUGGCCAAGGGCAUGGAGUGCAUGGACGUGGGCCACUUGCAGCACGAGAACGACAUAUACGACCAGCUCCGGCUCAUCCAGGGGACAUAUGUGCCCGUAUGUCUCGGCAGCACGGAUCUGGUGCGGCCAUACUACUAUAAUAGUGGUGUCUACGUACGCUUCUUGUUCCUCAGUUGGGCCGGACAGCCGCUGUCUCACUGUAGCGACCCGGCUGGCAUGGGCGACGCCGUGAGCAAGGCAUUCAGGGCACUGCACAGAUUUGAUAUCCUUCACCGCGACGCGGAGCCACGAAACAUACUUUUCGAUACGGAUAGCGGCAAUCUCAUGAUUGUGGAUUUUGAGCGUGCAGAGUUCCGCGGUCGCCAGCAUCUUGGCUCGAUCGACCUUAACGUUCACCGGAAGAGGAAGCGUGGGAUGCAGAAGAAAGAGAAGGAUGAGUUUGCAAAAGAGUUGGGACAUGUCGUGGGGUGUGUUCAAGGUUUGCGGCCUGAUCGUUUGCCUGUUGGUUAG